CUAAAAUGUAUAAUUGUUCUUUGUUGCAAUAUGGGAUAACAUUGUCUCAGACAAUAGGGAUAAUAUUCAGAUAUAUUCUAUUAUACAUUUUAAGUAUAGAAUCAAGGCACUCAUUCAAAUGGGUACCUGUGCUAUUUACAUUUGGCAAAGCUUGUGCUUUGGUUAUGUAGUUUGUAUAAGGUUAGAGUACCACUUCAAUUGCACAUGGAGGGGAAUUCAUUGUGCAAGAGCCAAUGCACUGUUGGAAUCUUACACUUUUGGAAUUUCACAUUUCGUACUGCACUGGAAAUUUGUUCUAUAGUAUACAGAAAGCGCCAGCAGAGGAAACACAUGAGAAGUUUUGGCUCGUCUAAUGUGACACAAGAAGCCUCCGAAACAGUCACAUUUGGUGUGUGGUUAUUUACCCCAUCACAAUGUGUGGGUGAAAGGUAUGGUAGUGUUGUAGAGGUUCACUACAGAGUCAAAAAGCAUAUCAAUUGUCACCACAACAAUUGCCAAAUAUCACACUCAGUGCAAAAAAAUAUAGAUUUAAUAGACAAUAUUUUUUAUUACAACAUCUAUAACACAUGAUCUAGUUCAUAUUUGCACAGGUCUAGUAUUACUACAUAAUUAUAAUUAUUACCCCAGCAUGUCUGUUGAUAACUGCCCCAUGUAAUACAUUUUUUCAUUCAGAAUUUACCGUUAUGAUACAGAAGCCUGGAGGCUGUUCUAGGCGUGAUGAUAUUUCAACUUGACGAGGGGAUAGCCUAAUAUUGGCUUUCAGUUCAGAAAAAAGUCUAAAUAACAAUGCACUUCAAUGAAGAAGCAUAAACUGUAUGCAGUCAUUUAACCUCAAACUGACGCCCACUGGUGGCAUUUUCUAAACAAUGCAUAAUAUUGUAUGCUACCCUCAUAAGGUACAUUUCAGUUUCAAAACUAUAAGUCCUACACAUGCUUAGUACUGUUAGAAAGGUAAGAACUGGGGGAUUCUGAUAAGGGAAACAAUGUGACUACUACAGAGCCUGAGCUACAACCCUUGAAAUGUACAGUUUUAGUUUUUUGUCGGGGGAAUUUUUGGUUGGGGAAUAAGAGAUUUCAAAUUCUAGGUUUGAAACAAAAAAUGUCACCAAUUACUGUUCCAAAAGGAUAAAACAAAGAUUCUGAUCUUUGACCUAAUGAUUGCGCUCUAAACAUGCACACAUUCUCAUAGGAACACAGACAUUUUAAAAGCACAGGGCUUGUGUAAUGUGCUUUCUUCAUACAGGAAUGAUAUACAUAUGAGGAAGCUGUAAUCUCUAUCUAUCUAUUGAUGUACAGUAAAUAUAACCCCUGUCUGAUUCCCAGUUAGUCCACUAGAUAGCAGUAGGUGAUCACAUGACGUCUCUUGGCCACUUGAAACCAUUUGGAUCUGGCUUGGUUAGUGAGUCACUGUGCCAAAAUGGCUAAAUGGAUUUUUAAACCUGACACCUUAAAACGAACUUAGCAACCAGGGCUUUCAAGUUAUGGAGUAGAACUAAUUCAAAUAUGACUCAGGCAGGUGAGGAAACUUCAAACGUAUUUUCCCAUUCACUUUUCCUAUUGUAAACGAUGAGCUAGAUCAACGGCACAUGUGGAGGACUCAUACAAGGCCAUGUGGACGGAGAAGGAAAUGCAUUGCUUUACAAUGACCACCAGGGUGUACCAUUUCCAUGCAUACUAAAUGUUUGCACUUUUGGUGACUUGACCUACAUUGCAUGCUCUAUGAAUAUGACCAUAGCACAUUAUUUAUGGUCUUUAUGGGGGGGAGGUAUGAUUUGAGUUGUGACAAGCUACAUCACAUUACACUUUAGCUUGAUGUAUUUAGCUAGUUACUGUAUCAUUCCCCUUUCAUCUGUGGUAUCAUACCUAGCCUGGCUCGCUAGCAUUAUAAAAUAAUGUUGUAUAACAAAAAGUAUCUACCAAACUCACAGGACCUGGUACCUUGUCCAAAACAAACACUCAGAAUUUAACAGGUUUUAAUUCAUUGGCACGAUAUUCUGCCAAAUCUGGUUUUAAAACGGGUUCAGAUCCCAGGUGACACUACAGACAGGAUCAUGCUACCUUUUUACAUGAAUCUAAAUGUCUGCCUGAUCAUAGGUUGUCUGUGUGAAAUCAUUGUUACCAUGGCAUGGAGUUCCAACAGCACCAAACUGGACAAUACCACCUUGUCCCUGUUCCAGAACGUGACAGCCAGUACAGCAAUCUCCAUUGUCUACAUUGUAGUCACCAUCAUCAACCUGGUAGGAAACAGCCUCUCCAUGUGGCUCCUCCUCUUCCAUACCUCUCCCAAAACUCCCUCCAUCAUCUUCAUGGUCAACCUGACCCUGACUGACCUGACCUUGGGCCUCGUCCUGCCCUUCCAGAUCAUGUAUCAGAUGCAGGGGUAUAAUUGGAGCCUAGGCCCGGCCAUGUGCAGGCUCUUGACCCUGGUGUUCUUUGCCAACAUGUACUGCUCAAUUCUAACUAUGACCGCCAUCAGUGUGGACCGCUACCUGGGCAUCUGCCGGCCCAUGCUCUUCUGUGAGACCAGGGAAAGGAAGUCAUUCGCUGUGAUUGUUUGCUUCGCCAUGUGGACAGUCGUCCUAUUGGUCCUGUACCCACUCACUAUAACCGACCUGACAUUCCACGUUCCAGAACUCAGGAUCACCACCUGCUUCGACGUUCUGAAGAGGGACAUGCUUCCAUCCAUGGUGGCCUGGGCUGCCUUCCUCCUUGCACUGUUUGUCAUCCUCUUCCUCAUCCCAUUCUGCAUCACUGUUUUCUGCUACAUCAGCAUCAUCCGCAAGCUGGCCCGAGACUCCAAGACCAAACAGAAGGAUAAGGCUAUAGGUCUCGCCGUCACCGUCCUAACGGUCUUCACGCUCUGCUUCACUCCCAACAACAUCCUCCUUCUGGCUCACACCAUCCGGAGGCUCUUCUAUGGGGAGUCCUUGUACAUGGCCUACAAGCUGACUCUCUCCCUCAGUUGCUUCAACAGCUGCCUGGACCCCUUCAUCUACUACUUUGCCUCUAGGGAGUUCCGGAAGAAGUUGAGGCAGAUGCUAAGGCUGAGAACACUGAGCAGUCUGGACACGGGGAAGACAGACCUGCACAGAGAGAGCCUGUUCUCCGCCCAGUAUGUGUCUGAGGGACAGGGUGGAGAGAACGGCAGAGUGUCUGUUAAACAACACUGUUAAAAAACAGAGAGAGGGCCUCCCGAGUGGCGCAGCGGUCCAAGGCACUGCAUCGCAGUGUUAGAGGCGUCAUUACAGACCCGGGUUCGAUCGCAGGCUGUGUCGCAGCCGGCUGUGACCGGGAGACCCAUGAAGCAGCGCACAAUUGGCCAAGCGUCGUCCAGCUUAGGGGAGGGUUUGGCCGGCCGGGAUGUCUUUGUCCAUUACACUCUAGCGACUCCUUGUGGCAGGCCACGCGCAUGCACGUUCCUCCGACAGAUUGGUGCAGCUGGCUUCCGGGUUAAGCGAGCAGUGUGUCAAGAAACAGUGUGGCUUUGCAGGGUCGUGUUUCGGAGGACGAAUGGGUCUUGACCUUCGCCUUUCCCAAGUCCGCAUGGGAGUUGCAGCGAUGGGACAAGACUGUAACUACAAAUUGAGGAGAAAAGGGGCUAAAAAUUACAACAACAAAAACUGAAAGAGAUGUCAUUUUAUAGUAUCCCCUGUUCAGAUAAGUUUAAAUCCCGAAAUUCUAUUCAUUCAUGAAAUAAAUAUUAAUUUAACAUUCUCA